AUGUCCUGGCUGCUGACCUCCACACCCCCAACAUUCGCAGAGGAGCAGCUCUUUCAGCAGCUCUCGGCGCUCUCGACGCUUCCCGUCAACUUUAGCGCUUCUUCAGCCGUAGCCGCCCGAGUACCCAGCCCGGCGCUCGAGAAUGCCCUGCAUAAAUUGGGCGGAUCUGGCCCCGUCAAGCGAGACGAGCUUAUCGCCGUCUUGAGAUCGUUGGCGCAGGAGGGCGGAACCAGCACAUCAGGCUUCUCACAAGAUGAUGGCAAUGGGGCGAUCGAGGUAGAGGUGGUCGGGCGGGCGGUGACCAUGGUUUGGAAGGAGGUUAUUCAGGCUUUGAUCGACGCGGCGUUGGAGCUUGAAGAGGAGAGGAGCUGGUGGGAGCGGAACGUGAACAGCCGGAGACAGAUCGCUACCUAUCUCGUGCAGAGCUUGCCCCUGCGACUAUACACAGCCAUUCAACCCCGGUCAUUCUCCAUCGACUCUCUCAAAGCCUUCCACUUCCCUUCCCGCUCGGCACUCUUCCGACCCCUCCCUAACGCUUCUUCCGCCCUGACGUCCAUCACCUCUCCCUAUACCCUCACCCGGCGCGAGAUGCUAUCCUCCAUCAAAGCACUCACGUCCGCCCGGGACAACAUGGCGAGACGGAUUGGCAUGCUGGCUUCGGACGGUCCAGGAUGGGCAGACGUCAGCUCCAUGUCGUCUGGCUCGGACGGGGACUUUACGGACGAGAUCACUCGGAUCUACGGGACGCUGUGCCGAGUCCUCGAAAUACCCACCGCGGCGACCACGCCGACGUCGAAGCGGUCCCGACAGUCCGCGGUGACGCCUACUCGGGACUUUAUCUCAGCGACUGCCACACCCAGCUCGCUACUUACCAUCUUGACCACUCAUCUGCCACGGAUACGCUCAUCUACGGACACCACUCUCACGCAACAUCGUCGACCAAGUGCUCUGACGAGGUUGUGGUUCCCACUCCUCUUUCUACCCCCCACACUCCUCAUUAGCGGACGGUAUCUGGCACGGAAUAAGGCUUGGUUUCAAGAACAAGUAUCAAAUGCUCGUGAGACGGUCAAGGGUUUCGUCGUCAGCUGGGUCUGGGAACCGCUGGAAGGUGUCGGCAAGACGCUGAGAGGCGGCGGAGAGGGAUUAGGAGUUGCGCCGACUACCGUCAAGUCAGACCAGGAAUCCCUCGAACGCAUGGUCCUCGAUCUCGGCAGGGAUUACUACAAGCUCGACGGUACCGCUUUGGAGGCUUUGCGUGCCAAAGUAGCCUCGGGUGAUAUGGAGGAGGUGCUGAAAGUCUACGAGAAGGAGCUCCAGUCACCUGUCAAGAACGCUCUGAUGGGGAAUUUGAUCCGCACUCUCCUCAUCCAGGUGCAGAAGACAAAGACCGACUUGUCUCUCUCCUUACUCUCGCUCGACCACCUCCUCCGCUCUCAACAGCUCACUUUCGCAUUUGUCGGUCUCGCUCCCUCCUUGCUCGUACUUUACGGCCUCGGCGGGUGGAUGCGCGGACUCUGGCGAGGCGAGAAGCGUGGCAAGAGCAGGAGACGUACCUACUUCAACGGUCUACGCGAGAUCGAGCGUAUCCUUCUCACGGCGCCCAAGAAGACGCAAGAGCUGCCCGACCGCGAUAGAGGUCUCCUCAUCGUGUCGGUGACGGGCAUGCGGACAUGGGCGGCUGGACUUGGCGGAAGCGGGCGGGAAGCGUUCCUUGACGAUCUGAGGAUGGUGGAGGAGACGAGGCUGAGUCGAGGCGAUAAGCUGAGGGUCGUGGAGCGGAUAUGGAGAUGUUUCGGUACGGACGGGAGGAAGAAGGCUUGA